AUGAGUAGUACGAUUUUCUACAAGUUUAGAUCUCAAAAGGAUAUCGAUAGGAUUUUGUUCGAUGGUACAGGGCUGACGGUAUUUGAUCUGAAAAGAGAGAUAAUUCAAGAGAAUAAGCUUGGUGAUGGUACGGAUUUCCAGCUAAGACUUUACAACCCUGACACUAAUGAAGAGUACGAAGACGACUCCCAAGUUAUACCGAGAUCCAGCAGUGUUAUUGCAAGGCGAUCACCGGCUGUAAAGGCGUUUUCAGUGCAUAGUAUGCAUAGAGGUGGUGCCACUGCAGCACUAGGGAAUGCUACCAGAUAUGUCACUGGUAGACCCAGAGUCUAUCAAAAGAAACCAGUGAGCAACGGCGGUUCUUCAACGAGCGCAGCUGGUGCAGUCAGUGGUGUCACAGAAGAGGAAAGAAUUGCCAAUAUGUUUGCAAAUCAAGAGAAUCAAUGGGAGCAGACUCAACAGGAGAUGUCUGCGGCAACGCCUGUCUUUUACAAAUCACAUAAUCCAAACGCUGCCGAAAAUGAAGGGCCACCACCGCCAGGGUAUAUGUGUUACAGAUGUGGUGCAAGAGACCACUGGAUCAAAAAUUGUCCUACAAACAAUGAUCCAAAUUUUGAAGGUAAAAGAAUUAGGCGUACGACUGGUAUCCCCAAGAAGUUUUUGAAGAGUGUUGAAAUUGACUCUGAGAAUAUGUCACCGGAGGAAAUGGCACAGAGGAAAAUCAUGGUUACGGAUGAUGGUAAGUUCGUUGUACAAGUGGCAGACCAGCAGUCGUGGGAAGAUUAUCAGAGAAAGCAGCAAAACAGGCUGAUUAAUGGUACUGAUAAUCCUUGGCAGAAGGGUCAUUUUAAAGAUUUACCAGCAGAUCUAAAAUGUCCUUUGACAGAAGGUUUACUAAGAGGUCCCGUACGGACGAGUAAAUGUUGCAACACAGUAUUCUCCAAGACCGCUCUUGAAGACUCCUUGCUAGAGAGUGAUUUUGUAUGCCCGAACUGCCAUGCGGAAGGUGUACUACUAGAUUCGCUUGUAGAAGACGAAGAAAAGGCAAAGCAAGUGCAAGAGUUUCUCAAGGAGAGGGACGACGGUAAAGGCGGCCACCUGGGCGCUAAUAAGCGCGACGGCGAGCAAGAGGACUCGCCAAAUAAAAGGUUGAAGGUCGACGGUAAAUCAGAUGGUGAGGGUGCCAACGGUAACGUUAGUGGUGGUGGUAAUGGUGAUUCACAGGUGAAACCACCAGCACCACCGUUACCAAUGCCACCGGUUCCAUUCGGUAUGCCGCCCUUUCCGAUGUUCCCGCCUCCAAUGCCAUUCAUGGCACCACCACCACCACGUAGCACACCGUCACCGGAUAAGAAAUAG